CUUCGAAUAAACCCCACCAUUUGUGUUGGACUCUGUCUCUCUCUCUCUCUCUCUCUUUCUCUGUCGCUCCUUCAGAUCGGGUAUGGCGAAGGCGGCGAACUUCGAGGAAUUCACCGAGGAGGAUCCCUCGAACGGCUCGGUGUCCUCCGACGAGGAGCAGAAGAACGGGGCGGAGGGCAGCCUGGACGAGGAGGACGAGGAGGAGCUCGAGGCUGUGGCCAGGACCGGGAGCCCCGAGGAUGAUGAGGCCGGGGAGGAGGACUUCCAGUCCACUGAGGAUGAUGAGGUCGCUUGUGAGGAUGAGCUUGAGGAACCAUCUACAAAUGCAGAAGUUGGAAAACGUGAAAGGGCCAGACUUAGAGAACUCCAGAGGAUGAAGAAGCAAAAAAUUCAUGAAAUAUUGGAGGCACAGAAUGCUGCCAUUGAUGCUGACAUGAACAACAAAGGGAAGGGGCGGUUGAGGUAUCUGCUGCAACAGACUGAGAUAUUUGCUCAUUUUGCAAAAGGAAACCAAUCUGCAUCAGAGAAGAAACCAAGAGGAAGGGGUCGUCAUGCAUCCAAAUUAACUGAGGAAGAAGAAGAUGAGGAAUACCUUAAGGAGGAAGAAGAUAGUUUUUCUGGUUCUGGAGGGACCCGCUUGCUCUCACAACCAUCUUGCAUACAAGGUAAGAUGAGGGAUUACCAACUAGCUGGACUGAACUGGCUGAUACGGUUGUAUGAGAAUGGCAUCAAUGGGAUACUUGCUGAUGAGAUGGGUCUUGGAAAAACGCUGCAAACCAUCUCCCUACUGGGCUAUCUGCAUGAGUUUAGAGGAAUUACUGGGCCCCACAUGGUGGUGGCACCAAAAUCUACACUUGGCAACUGGAUGAGGGAAAUUCGGCGUUUUUGUCCUAUUUUACGUGCUAUAAAGCUUCUAGGAAAUCCAGAAGAAAGGAGGCAUAUAAGAGAGACUUUAUUAGUGGCUGGGAAGUUCGAUGUAUGUGUCACAAGUUUUGAAAUGGCCAUUAAAGAAAAGUCCACCUUAAGGCGCUUUAGCUGGCGCUAUGUUAUUAUUGACGAGGCCCAUCGGAUAAAGAAUGAGAACUCUCUUCUUUCAAAAACUAUGAGACUCUAUCAUACUAAUUAUCGCCUUCUUAUCACAGGCACACCUCUUCAGAAUAAUCUGCAUGAGCUGUGGUCUCUUCUAAACUUUUUACUCCCUGAGAUAUUUAGUUCGGCUGAGACAUUUGACAGAUGGUUUCAAAUUUCUGGAGAAAAUGAUCAACAAGAGGUUGUUCAGCAGCUUCACAAGGUUCUUCGUCCAUUCCUCCUUCGACGGCUCAAAUCUGAUGUUGAAAAAGGCUUGCCACCAAAAAAAGAAACUAUACUUAAAGUAGGAAUGUCCCAGAUGCAGAAGCACUAUUAUCGUGCUCUGCUUCAGAAAGAUUUAGAGGUCAUUAAUGCUGGUGGCGAACGCAAGCGUCUUUUAAACAUCGCCAUGCAGCUUCGUAAAUGUUGUAACCAUCCAUAUUUAUUCCAAGGUGCAGAACCUGGCCCACCUUACACGACCGGGGAGCAUCUUAUUACAAAUUCUGGAAAAAUGGUUCUUCUAGAUAAGUUGCUUCGAAAGCUUAAAGUGCGGGAUUCAAGAGUCCUAAUCUUUUCACAGAUGACUAGACUGUUGGACAUCCUAGAAGAUUAUUUAAUGUUUUGUGGAUAUCAGUAUUGCCGAAUUGAUGGGAAUACUGUUGGAGAAGAUCGUGAUGCUUCUAUUGAAGCUUUUAAUGAGCCUGGAAGUCAGAAGUUUAUUUUCUUGCUUUCAACUAGAGCAGGUGGCCUGGGGAUCAACCUUGCCACGGCAGAUGUUGUCAUUCUUUAUGACAGUGAUUGGAAUCCACAAGUUGAUUUGCAAGCACAAGAUCGUGCUCAUAGGAUUGGCCAAAAGAAAGAAGUUCAAGUGUUCCGGUUUUGCACCGAGUACACUAUUGAGGAAAAAGUGAUUGAGAGGGCAUAUAAGAAGCUUGCACUUGAUGCUCUAGUGAUUCAACAGGGUCGAUUAGCUGAGCAGAAAGCUGUAAAUAAGGAUGAGUUGUUGCAAAUGGUGAGGUUUGGUGCUGAAAUGGUGUUCAGUUCCAAGGAUAGUACAGUUACAGAUGAGGAUAUUGACCGGAUCAUAGCUAAAGGUGAAGAGGCAACAGCAGAGCUUGAUGCAAAGAUGAAGAAAUUUACAGAAGAUGCUAUCAAAUUUAAAAUGGAUGACACUGCUGAAUUGUAUGACUUUGAUGAUGAAAAGGAUGAAAACAAGCUCGACUUUAAGAAACUUGUUAGUGAGAAUUGGAUUGAACCACCCAAAAGAGAACGGAAACGCAACAACUAUUCAGAGUCUGAUUAUUUUAAGCAAGCGCUGCGCCAGGGUGGUCCAGCAAAACCAAGGGAACCACGAAUUCCUCGUAUGCCUCAGUUGCAUGAUUUCCAGUUUUUUAACACCCAAAGGCUCAGUGAGCUAUACGAAAAAGAAGUUCGGUAUCUCAUGCAAACCCAUCAAAGGAAUCAGUUAAAAGAUACUAUUGGUGAUGCAGAUGAGCCUGAAGAGUUGGGUGAUCCCUUGACUGCAGAGGAACAGGAAGAAAAGGAGCAGUUGUUAGAAGAGGGUUUUUCAACAUGGACAAGAAGAGAUUUCAACACUUUUAUCAGAGCAUGUGAGAAAUAUGGCCGGAAUGACAUAAAAAGUAUAGCUUCUGAAAUGGAGGGCAAGACGGAGGAGGAAGUUGAGAGAUAUGCCAAAGUUUUCAAAGCAAGAUACAAGGAGUUGAAUGAUUAUGACCGAAUAAUUAAGAACAUUGAAAGGGGAGAGGCAAGAAUUUCUCGGAAAGAUGAGAUAAUGAAGGCAAUUGGGAAGAAGUUGGAUCGCUACAAGAAUCCAUGGCUUGAAUUGAAAAUUCAGUAUGGCCAAAAUAAAGGGAAGUUGUACAAUGAAGAGUGUGAUCGUUUCAUGUUAUGUAUGGUCCAUAAACUUGGUUAUGGAAACUGGGAUGAGCUGAAAGCAGCCUUCCGCACAUCUCCCUUGUUCCGUUUUGACUGGUUUGUUAAAUCGCGCACAACUCAAGAGUUAGCCAGGCGAUGUGAUACGCUUAUCCGACUAGUAGAGAAGGAGAAUCAAGAAUAUGAUGAGCGGGAGAGACAAGCUCGAAAAGAGAAAAAGCUUGCCAAGAACUUGACACCCUCAAAGCGGUCCAUGACAAAGGCACCAGCAUUGGAGACCCCUGCAUUAAAUUCUUUUAAGAGACGAAAGCAAUCGGUCAUGGAUGACUACUUGAGCUCGGGAAGGAGGAGAAGAUGAAUUAAGUGUGGGACCAAAUUUGAUGGUGCAGAAGGCUUUUGAGAGGUUCAGUGUUGAGCAUCGUGAGGGCUCUGUUAUGUAUUAUUUUAAGGGCUGGAAAUGGAGCUGCUAUGUGAAUUUCAUCUCAUCUGUUUAACCAUAAAUGUAGCAACCUUCUCUUAUUUUGGUGUAGUGCAGGAUGCAGCUGUGCUGGUAUUAACUUGUCUGCCAUGUAGCCUGACCAAAUAUUAUAAUGACAAUUAUAGUUAACUCCA